AUGAUUGAGCCGCAAGGAACAAUCAAGUUGGGUAUUACUGAAGAGCAGGAGGAAAUUCAUCAACAACCUCCCCAACAAUUGGCAGAUCAUGUGAUCAUAAACAUGGAAGCAAUGAUUCAUCGAAACCAAAGGGGUGACUUGUUACCUAGAUGCUGUAUCUACUAUCUAGCUAUAAGAAAGGUCAUAGUCUUUGCUCUGAUUUUGAAAUCUUUAAUUAUCAUCCAAACUCUGCAGCCUCUUGAGUUAGAGGAUGAUGAAACGUUGCCUUUGAUGGACCAAGAUGAUGUGAUGGUUGACAUUGAAGCAAUUAUUCAACAAAGUAGGGAUGGUCUUUUGGAUCCAGAUUGUUGUAUCUCGAGGGUACCUUACACGUUACGUGAUAUAAAACCAAAUGCUUACGCCCCAAAAUAUAUUUCGAUUGGUCCCUUUCAUUAUGGUGAAGAGAGGCUUCAAGAUAUGGAAAGGCACAAACAAUUCUUCUUGAAAAUAUUUAAACAAAGAACAAGUACAAGCUUGGAGGAUUUGGUUUGUUCUGUGAGACGUUUAGUGCCAAAAGUGCGUGCUUCUUACUCAGAGAACAUCAACCUUAGUGAUAGCGAACUCGUGAAAUUGACAUUAAGGGAUGCUGCUUUCAUCAUCGAAUUUUUCUACUCAUUCACUAGAGGAGGAUUACUGGGUGAUGCUAUGCUGUUAAGCCCAGCAUUAAAUGGAACCAUACAAGUUGAUUUGGCUUUGCUUGAGAAUCAAUUACCAUUCUUUGUUAUUGAAGAGCUAUUCAAUAAUGCUCUCUCCCCCCUUAUCCAUAGCAAGGACCUCCCUUCAUUUUGUGUUCUCGCUUGUGAGUUCUUUGCUCAGGCAUUUGAUCUCCAGAAGCCAACUCAGGAUCCUUGUAAUGGAAGCAUAAAGCAUUUCACAAAUUUGCUUAGGCUUUUGUUCUUGCAAAGAGCACCAAAAAUGGAACCAUAUUUUUAG